UUCCUCUCACGCACCUCCUCGUCGUCACCGCCGCGGAAACACGGCCACGUCUCGAAGAUCGCCGACGACCCAAUCUCCCUCCAGAUCGAGUCCCGAUGUCGGAAUCGCGACCCUUCUUUCGUUCUGAAGAGUCAUCCAUGGCUAGGAAAUUUUGCCCAACCGAGGUUCGAAAUCCAGCACCGGUGGCCCACGUUCCUCAGCUAUCCGGCAACACCAAGCUUCCCGCCGCCCACCUGGAUUCACAGCCCUUCUAUAGCAUCGGAUUACGCCCAAUUUUAUUACGAAAUUAGCCACGCAACCCAAAUUCUGAUAAAGCCCAGCCGAAAAAUC